GUAUAUCAUAAUUAUCCUUUAUGUAAGUUUUUCUCGUAUUAACUUAAGGAAUUCCACCUAUAGCACAAUAAAAACUUGGUUCAAUACUGAGCUUCUUCUCGAAAAAAAUCUCCGCAUUUCCCUCAUCAAGGUCAUGAGCAUUUCAUAACGUGGAAAGUGGGUAGAGAGGAAUAUUAACGUCUUAAUUGAAAAAUAUAAGAUUUCAAUCUGAAGAUAUGCAUUUUAUUGACAAUUUAAUUGGUAUUAUAUUAGCAUUUCCGUAUACGUUCAACAGGGCGAUAUCUCCUGAAGAAACGUCACUGUCCAAAACACAUGACUGAUUGGGGAUGAACCAAGGGGUAUUUAAACGUAUAUCUGGGUUGUUUUCAUUCAGUUCAGCAUCGAAAACAGCUAUCAUCCAGUUGCAUUUGUUCGUCAGCAUGUGGUGGUUAUCAGUUAAAGAAUGGCGUUUAUCUUUCAUCUGCCCCCUUGUUCUGGUAAUUUUGUUCGGUUGUACCAUAGCUUAUCCAUCCCCCGGAGAAGACUAUGUAUUGACUGAAAAAGAAUACUCAAGCCCCGGAGCUCACCAGCUAGCAAGUUGGUUGACUGCCCAAAGACGUCCCAAGGAAAUAACAGUAAUCAAGGACCUUCCAGUCAUCCCCUACCGUUUGCCACUUCAAGGUAAAAGGAACUCAGAGGUUACCAACGCUAUAAUACGGUCCGAGGAAACCCAGAGGAUGUACAGGGAAGGAAGGAAAUAAGAAAAAAUCAAAAUCAGCAUUAUAAUCAUAAUAUUAGUUGUUAUACUUACUAAACGACAUAUUCUAUAACCACACAUGCGGGAUAGUGAUAUAAUUCUCUAUUCUGUUAUAAUUAUUGUAACGUGUAUAUAAAAUAAAUGGGUAUUAAAUAG